ACCGCCGUCACAAAAACCCCGCAAAGACCCUAACCCGCUCUUCUUUUCCUCUUCAUUGCGCUUGCCCAUGGCGGUUCUCAGAACCCUAAUAAGAUCUCUCCGCGCCCCUGCUCCUCCCCUUCCCCUGGCCGCCUUCUCCUGUUCUCCUCUGUCUCCAGCUCUCGCCUCCUCUCCGAACCCCUUCUCCUUCGUCCUCCGGCUCACUUCUGUGCCCCCUCCGCUCUUCUGGUCGCCCUCCCGAUGGGUGCCCUUCUCGGGACCCCUCUUCCUCUCCUCGCCCCCGUGGAUGCUGUCGCAGUCGGCGACUCCCUUGUACCUGCGAGGAAAAGACGCGAUCUUCCCCAAGGAUCUGCUCCAAGUUCGGAGCUUUCCGAUUCCGUUAGGGCUAAGGUCGCUGGGAGAGGUCGGAAGGGGGUUUGGGGACGUCAUUAACUGGAGGGAGAAGGGGAGUGUUGGAGGAGAGGUGAGCGAGGUUGUCAUUCAUGACAAGUUACUGAAUCUGCCGAAUUUGAUCUCGAUCAGCAGGAUGGUGUCCGGUCCUCUGAUUGGAUGGAUGAUUUUACAUGAUAUGUAUCUUCCGGCUUUUGGUGCAUUGGUUGUCUCUGGAGCGACUGAUUGGUUGGAUGGGUUCCUUGCAAGAAAGAUGGGUAUUAAUUCAGUGUUUGGGUCCUAUCUUGAUCCACUUGCUGACAAGGUUCUGAUUAGCUGUGUUGCCUUAGCUAUGGUUGAGAAGGAGCUCUUAAAUCCUGUGCUUGUUGGCUUGGUGGUUCUAAGAGAUGUUGCUCUCGUCAGUGGUGCAGUUUAUAAAAGAGCUUCUAGCCUGGGUUGGGAGUGGAAGAGUUGGUCUGAAUUUAUCAAUCUUGAUGCGGCUCAUAGGGAGAAGGUAGAACCUCUCCUCAUAAGUAAGGUGAACACAGUGCUCCAGUUGCUUUUAGUUGCUGCUGCUCUUCUGCAACCUGACUUUGGCUCGGCAGAAACUCAGGAAUAUAUAACCUACUUGAGCUGGUUGGUGGCUUCAACAACAGCUGCAUCGGCUGUAGCCUAUGGAGCUCAACAUCUUUGUAGAUGAUCAACUUUCUGCCCCAGAAGAAUCGUGGUCAACAAGGUUUCAUGAUUGCAUUUGGACCUGCAGCGACAGUGGUAUGAAAUUUCAUGAUUGCAUUUGGACCUGCAGCGACGGUGCAAUGAAAACUCCAGGAGUAUGUACAUGUGAGGCAUGGGUUCAAAUCAUCGUGCACUAUGAGUUCUCGUCCCAAUCAUCGCCUUCGACCUGUCCUGCAUGUGCAUUUCUGAAGGUGCAAUAUGAUAACUCACCUGUCUGGGCUGAUGCAUAAUGUUUUCCUUUUAGCUAAUGCACAAUGUUAAGGGAAGGUGAAGGAAUAAAAAAUUCAAUCUUGUUGUAACUUGCUCCCUCUGUGCUUCAGAUUGUAAAACAAAAAUUUCUUGCAUAAAGAGAGAGAUUACCUUGUUCUCAAUUCAACC